UGCAGCGCUGCAUGAAGUCUUCGGUCACUGCUCUCCAACAGGGCUUCAUCGGCACAACUCUAGGGCUCUCAGAUUUCCAUGGAUACCAUCAACAUACAUUUCACUGGAUGGAGCUUGAGUAUUUUCAAAGACUGGACGCCUCACUAGAUCCCCGUCGUGGGCUUCCAGGUUUGCUGAGAUAUAAAAGAGAGUCCCUGGAGAAGAUGUACAGUCCUCGGCCUCAAUCUCUGAAAGACUCUCCAAUAAGCUGCCAGUUCUGUGGUUUGAAAGCGCGGCCUCCUCUAAAUAUGGUUUAUGCGGAGAUGCAGGAGGACUUCUGUUGUGAAAAGUACAGAGAGUUGUUUGACAUUGUGGUCCACGAGAGACAUCUAACGUUAGCAGUAAAACAUGUGGAGAAAAGUCCCAGCGGAGCUGACCAGCCAGAUGACCUCUUUGUGGACGAAGAGCUUCAAGUUAAAGGACAAGAAAGAGGAAAAAACAGACAUCAGCUGAGAGAAAUGGAAAGAUAUGAUAGACAUUCUCAGACUCUUUUUAUGACGGCAAAAAACUAUACCACACCAGUGUCCCAUACAAAAUCUGUCAUCAGUUUCCGGCUUUCUGACUGUGCACCCAAAGAGAAUGGCUGGAGAUUUGAAGACAACAUGCAUGAGGAGAGCAACUUGCCUCUGUGCAAACAGCCUUCUGCUACACCAAGGUCAUUUGAGUUUGGUUUAACUCAUCCCCAGAUUAGUUCAAGUUUGUUAGAGAAGGACUAUUCUAACGGAGCUAAAUUUCUCACUGUGUUACCAGAUGGUUCAUCACAAGUUUUCUAUCCCUCAGGAAACUUGGCCAUCAUCAUCAUCAGAAGUGAGAAGGAAAGCGUUUGUGUCAUACAUGACGACCUCCCAAAUCCUGUUUGUCCAGUCAGAGCCCUUUUUCAGUCUGAUGGCCGAGCCACAUGUUACCAUGGAAAUGGCAGCAUUUGGUUAUCUAUGGAUGUUUGGGGCGGUCAGUGUCUAGAUGAGACAGGGAGAAGACUCCGAACAUGGAGCUGGACAGACUGUGGUCAAACACCAACAAUCCUGAGACCAAUAUUUUUGUCGCUUAACAGAAAUAUAGGUGUUCGGGUUCUUGGGCAAAAGAUGGCGUUUGUCUCUUUCCUUGCACGGGGACAGCAAGCAAGGUUUAGAGUAGGCAGCUGCAUUUCGUCCAAAAAAAGUAUGGCAACGCCUCCACCACUCAUAUGCGAAGAAGAGCUAGUGCUUCUUGCAUGCAGAGUUGGCCUUUACAUGGCCUUGACAAAACUACAGCAGUGCCACACCUUCCCAACCGCCUCCACACACGUGCAAGUCAGACCUCCAACCUUCAUCCGCUCACUGGCCCGAAAGCUGAUGAGCCUGAGCCUCAAAGUGCAAAUGGAUGAAAAAAACAAGAUUUUUAUCCAGCAAUGUCUGCAAUCUUGUUUAUGAGCUCUUGUUGUUUCAGUUCAGUCAGAUGCUGCGUGUAGAUGUGGGAAUACAGUUGAAUAGUCAUAAUAUUGUAAUUCAAUACUUGAGAGUAAUUUAUUGAUGUCUGUUUCCCUGUUAGAGAUGUCAUUCCUUGCAAU